GGUUAGGUGAGCGCGAGGAUGAGCGCGGACCUGGAGCGCGUGUCGUUGAGCUCCUCGUCGGCGGGCUCGUUGGCUUCCAGCGCGCGCUCGCUCUCCGCCAACGUGCGCAAGCUGCACGACGCGCUCAACCUGCUCCUCAGCGAGCUGGAGCGCGAGCAGUUCGUGCACUGCCUCAACGUGUACCACGCCAAACGGAACGUCUACGACCUGGUCCAGACGCUCAAAGUGAUCCUCGACGCGCCGAGCAAGCGGCAGCUGCUCCCCAUGCUGCGCCUGGUCAUCCCGCGCUCCGACCAGCUCCUGUUUGAUCGCUACACCUCCGAGGGACUCUAUUUGAAGUCAGAUUUGCUGACUAGUCGGAACGGGGAGCACGAGAACACCGCCUCCAGUUCUGCUGAUAAGACCGCGCUCGCACGCUUACCUCUGCGCGGAUCCCCUGAUCACCAGAGCACCGCCAGCGACGGGACAUCCACUGCGCUCGUCCCUCUGCUGGGCAGACAUUUCCUACCUGAACCCCCAGGUGAGGUCAGACAGGUGACCCUGAAGCGCCACAAGAGCAACGAGGGUUUAGGCUUCAGCAUCCGUGGCGGGUCCGAGCAUGGAGUCGGGAUCUACGUGUCUCUGGUGGAGCCGGGAUCCAUGGCCGAGAAAGAGGGCCUGAGAGUCGGCGAUCAGAUCCUCAAAGUGAACGACAAAGUGUUCGACAGGGUCACACAUGCUGAGGCGGUGAAGGUGCUCAAGGGCAGCAAGAAGCUGUGCAUGUCGGUGCGCUCCAUGGGCCGCAUCCCAGGCGGUUAUGUCACGAAUCACGUGUACACGUGGGUGGACCCACAGGGCCGCAGUGUGUCUCCUCCUCCAGACCUGCUAGAGCACCACAGCGCUACCCUGAACAGAAACAUCGGCCAACAGCGCAGCCACAUGCAGCUGCUCCAGGACGGAGACGAGAAGAAGGUGAAUCUGGUGCUGGAUGAUGGUCGCUCUCUGGGUCUGAUGAUCCGUGGAGGAGCCGAAUACGCUCUGGGGAUCUACAUUACUGGAGUGGACCGAGGUUCCGCAGCAGAGUGUGGCGGGCUAAAGGUGGGCGAUCAGAUCCUGGAGGUGAACGGGCGGAGCUUCCUGAGCAUUCCUCAUGACGAGGCGGUGCGUGUGCUCAAGUCUUCACGUCACCUCAUGAUGACCGUGAAGGACGUGGGACGAUUGCCGCAUGCCCGCACUGUGGUGGGAGAGACCAAGUGGAUCGCCAGCUCCCAGAUCACAGAGAGCUCGGCCACCAGCAGCGUAGCAGGUCUUUCUAUGGAUCAGGGGGCUUCAGCCUCAGGAAAGACGGGUUUUUAUAAAGGAGUAGCCGGUUCGCAGGUGACUCUUUCCAGUCUGGUGAACCAGAGCAGGGCCAUGCUGGACGAACAGGCCAGACACCUCCUAACUGAGCCUGAGAGACAGACCAUGAGCUAUUACAUCCAGGAAUAUCGCAACGGACACAUUGGAGUCGAACAGCUGGUCAUGGCAUUGUUUGAGCUCCUCAACACACAUGCCAAGUUCUCGCUGCUGUCUGAGAUGCGCGGGCUGGUCAGUGCACAAGAUCUGGAGAGUUUUGAUGCACUGGUUCUCCGUAGGGAGAUUGAAGCUCUGAAGGCUCGACAGGGAGCAGCUGGAGGAGCAGCACUACACACAGACUCCUUCUCAAUGGUGUCCUAUCCCGACACACUGGCCUCCUCCUCAGGCAGCUACAUGACCAGUACCACACUCAGCUCCGCACGGGAGCGACUGCUGUGGUUGAUUGAUAUGAUGGAGAACGACAGUGCGGUGGAGACUAAUGGAGAAGACGCCCAGGAGAGUAGAAACGCCCUUCCCGACGUCUCUCUGGAUGAGAUGGGGUCAACCUCAGAAUCCCCACCGUCCUUCAAGCCCCCUCCUCCCCCUCGCGUACAGCGCCGCCCCAGCCGUAAACCCGCCCCCGGCAAACGCCCCCCAUCUGACUCCUCUAACUCUGACCUGCACUUCUCCACCCCUUCCCACUCGCCUAGCAAAAACUACACGCAAUCCAAACACCCUCCCGAUGGCCCAAAGAAAGAGCCUCCAUUGGCUCAGCUCUCCUUGGUGAGCCAGCACUUGAUUGGUCCUUUCCCGCGCGUUCAGUCCCCCAACAGAUUGAAACCCCCUCCAGCACCGACAGUCCCAGCUCCUCCAGCUCCUCCUCCACCCUCGAGUCCAGAAAAACCCAAAACUACCCCCUCAUCCCCAUCCUCCAACCAGCACUUUGUCAUGGUGGAGGUGCACAGGCCCAAUGCAGAGCCUGACGUCAACGAGGUCAGACCACUUCCCCAGAGCAGAGGAUCCACCCUGUCUCAACUCUCCGACAGCGGACAGACGCUGAGCGAGGACAGCGGCGUGGACAUCGCAGAGUCGGGACGCCUGAGCAAGGAGAGCAGUCCACGUCCUGCCCGAACUCGGCCAAUGAGAGAGAGUGCAGGGGGAGGGGAGGGGAGCGCCGUGAAACCGCCCGGACUGCUGGAGCCCAUGUCAACUCUGGUGCGAGUGCCGAAGAGCGCCAGCACUCUGGGUAUCGCUAUUGAAGGAGGAGCCAACACACGCCAGCCCCUGCCCCGCAUCGUCACCAUACAAAGAGGAGGCUCGGCUCAUAACUGCGGGAAACUGAAGGUGGGCCAGGUGAUUCUGGAGGUGAACGGGAUCUCUCUGAGAGGACGAGAGCAUCGAGAAGCAGCCUGCCUCAUCGCUGAGGCCUUCAAGACCAAAGAGAAGGACUACAUUGACUUCCUCAUUACAGAAUUCAAUGUGGCGUUGUAAGAUCUCUCAGGCCUUAAAGAGGACGAGAACUUAAACUCUUUUUGGCAUGAAGCCAUCACUAGUCCCCAGCAGGCUGAUCUUCUCUUAUCAGAUAUUGUCUGAAGGCAGACACAUUCUCAGUGUAGAUACUGUAUAGCGCCACCUGGUGAACCCCUGUGUUAUCAUUUUGAACAUGGCAAACUGGUACAAGGCACUGUCAGUCUGGUCACGACCAUAUCUUUGGAUGAUACUUGUAUUUACUUUUUUUUAAUAUUUUAUUUUAUUUAUUUAUUUAUUUUUUACACAGGUCCCUCCUUAGUCAUAAAGCAAAUUGUAUUCAGUGUCUGUCAACUUUCCGCUCAUUCCCCAAUGUCGGAAUUUGCUUCGUUAACCAUUAUAUUACCUUCAGCUCUCAGAUUUCUAGAAGUUUAUAAAAGAAUACAGCCCUUGUCAUUAUUUUUGGGAUCAUAAUGCAAACCCAAAAUACUGGCAUUAUAUAUGUUCUGAGUAUUCAGGACUAUCUGCACAGGCAUUCAUUUGAAUAAAUGUAUUCUGAAGACAUGUGGUUAGACAUCCAUUCAAAUGAGCUCCUUUCAUUUCCUUUAAAAGCCAUACUGCUCAGGACAGAGAGAUUUUCACAAUCAAAUGCAAUUAGAUUUCACUAAAAGGCUUCACAUAUGAUCUUUAGUAGUAAGCGUGCCUGGCAGGAAGGCAGAACUUACAACAAAUGUGUUUCCUGUCUUCUUGUACGGUUCUGCGGAUGUGUGUGAACCUCCAGGACAGAGUGUCUAUGUAUCAGCUAAUCCGUCAUCUCUACCAUGGCAGUAAAUUCGAUGAAUCUAUUGAAUGUUAAUUAUUUGCAUAAGGAAAGGUCAACUUAGAAGCCACGACUUGAGUUGUCUGUUGUUAUACUUCCAUACCUAGAAUCUUUAUUUGCUUGCUAUAUGUUUAACCGCAAGGUGACUUGUGUGUUAGUCUUUUUUUUUUUUUUUUUUAAUGCAGUUAUAUGAGACAGGGACACAAGUGCAUAAAAGCAGUGUGUCCGUUAUUUAGGGCAAGUCCAUCGCAGGGGUCAGAACAACAAACCAGGAUAAAACAAGCAAAGUCGAAACCAGAAAGGCUUGGACUCAGUGAGACAGAAAGCCAUGAUAAGACUCCGCUUUGAGAUAACGGAACAGGCUGGUAGAAAUAGACAAACUAUUUAAAGACUAAACACAGAACAGGUGCACACAAUAGGUAACAAAACAACACCAGACAGGGCUGGAGAAAGGACCAAAACAAAGGCGCACGGAUAUGUAAACAAAAAGCACAUGGAGUGUGCGCGAAACAAGAGACGAGAGUAGUGCAUGUCACAUACCGAGAGGGAAGAGUGACAGAAAUGAUCAUCUUUGUACGUUAAUACAUCUGCGUAGUCGUCGUACGGUGAACCGAAUCGCUCCUUGGUUGAUGUGCGUAGUGCAGCAGGUACGGGUUACGGCGUCGAAGUGUAUUUCUAAUACAAAGCGAAUUAAGUUGAAUGUUUCUAUACCAGAAUGUUUUGGUUCCCUGGUGGACUAGUGGUCAGAAUGGUCAGAACGGCCCGGGUUUGAUUCCCAGUCACUGGAAGGUUGCGUGAGCCAGUGCACUCUCAGUUCCAGUCCCAAGCCUGGAAUAUGGGGAGGGUCGUGUCAGGAAAGGCGUCCGGUGUAAAACUUGUGCCAGGAUAAAAAAAAAAAUACGGCUGAUGCAUACGCUGUGGUGACCCCGAACGGGGCCAGCCAAAAGAGGGAGCGAAGAAAAUCGGAAGUAGGGAUUCUUCUUUGGUCCACCGGGCCGACGAAUGAGAAACUAAUAGCCCAGACAUAAAAUCUGCUUGCCCCAGGUGCCUGGACUAGUAAUUUGUUCCCUUCUGUGUUUUGAGUGAAGUAGCCUAUUUAUAUUGAUAAAUAGUGUACAUUUACACCAUGCCUUAAGAAAUCCGACAGGAAUUUUUAUGCUUUACUCGAUCUUACAGCUAAAUACUGUUUUAGUCAUGCGGCUACUUAAAGAGAGGUCCUAGGACGAAACCAUGGGCUCAGAAAUCCCACGAACAUAAACUGGGUCAAAACAGGAAGCAAGUAGCUCAUGCCUAACCAAAUGAUUAAUAUGCCAGUGUUCUACCACUAAAAUACACUUGUAGAAUACGGAAUAGAGCGCUCACAUUCCUACACAAAUAACUAGUCGAAGCUCUUGACGAAAGGGGACAGAACACCUGCUCAUCUGCUCCCGGCAGUUUCCUGUAUGAAAAGAUUCUCAUAAUCACACCUUUAUUGCUCGUCAGCAUGGCUCAUUUCUUUGUUUAUGCUGGGUUUAUGUUGUUGUUGUUGUUGAAUGUGUUAUGUAGUAAUUAUUCUUUAGCUAUGACAGUUAAGCACUGGGGACAGAAUGCACUGUUCAUACUGUUGCUGUGAGAGAGAAGUGACAGAGACGGAGAGAGAACAGAAAACCCAGCCCCGAAGCUUUUUACCUCGGAUCCGUUGCUUACAGGAUUUUUCUCCUGAGAACUGGUGAUCCAGGGGAAAACGAAGAGGUGCUUUAUCUAAUGAUGAUAGCAGAAUCUGGAACAAGACACGGUAAUCAGGUGGAGGAGAGGAGGGGAGAUGUGCAGUCAGUGUAACUAAUGAAAAGUUGUAGAGUGUGAAAAGUGAGAGGGAGACGUGCAGGGCUGAGUCUUGAUGUGUCACUCAGGUUACAUAAGCACGGAAGAGUGGGAGAGAGUUAGAGAGAGGGAUUCUGGUCUGUUCUGUGUGUGUGUGUGUGAGAGAGAAAGAUAAAAAUACAUAAUGCAUAAUAGAGCGCGAGAAUUAUAAUUCCUGUGUGCGUGUGAUAGAGAAAGGGUUGGCAUGAAAGAGAAUUGUGAUCUCUCGCGUUGUGAAGGCGUUAUGUGUGUGUGUGUGUGUGUGUGUGUGCGCGCAUCUGCACACUGGCUGCUGUUUAGCACACCUCUCAGAUGUGAUGCCAUCUGCAGAUCCACUUUACAUCCCCAGUUUAAAUACACUCCAAGUGCGCUAAUGAACGGUUUAUUACACUUAAACAGAUGUAAUGUUAUAUCUGUAUAGAUGGACUGAAUUAUUUACACCCAGUAACACCCUGAAAUCAGUUUCUUUAUGUUUCAUAGUCAACAAUUUCAUAUCGCUACAUAGACACCAAGGACCAGAUCUGCUAAUAUGAAAAAUCUAUACACUGAUAACUAAAACGACUCGGCGAAUAAAUUAAAUCUUUUUUUUUCUUAAAACAUAGAAAUCACAAACGUAUGUGUAUAUUAUUACUUUUCAUUUAAUUUAUUUAUGUGUUAUUUAUAUUUACUUAAUUCCCUGUGUAUUUUCUCAUUGAAUUCUUUAUUUGUUUUAUAUCGUAUAUAUUUCUCCCGUGUUUGCUUCUUCGUUUGUUUAUUUUCAUCCGUUCGUUCGUCUUCGGAAACCGCGAGUCGGAAUUUUACCCCCGAUGGGACGCCAGUCGGUGCUUAUUUAUUUCUCUAGUUGUACGGAGUUUUCAUAUUUACUAUCUUGUCCGUCUGUACAUUUGUUUAUCGUUUCCAUCUUGUACAUUUAUUCCAUAUGUCCAUUUAUUUACCGUUUUAUUUCUUGUUUGUUUGUUUUCUGUAAAUGGUUUGCGUAUUCAUUUUUUCCCUGUAUAAUUGUUUGACUGUUUGCUUACUGCCAUAUAAUAAUAAUAAUAAUAAUAAUAAUAAUAAUAAUAAUAAUAAUAAUGUUUUUCCACAGGUAGAUACAGGAAUCAAAACGCACGAUCUAAAAAGUGGUUAAAAUUUUACUACUUAAGUACUUAAAAAUCACUAUUUAAGUAUUAAAUAUUGGUAUUUAAAUAUUAUUAUGGGUCAUUAUUUUUGUCCCGUUUAGGCUACUUGCUGUGGUGAUUGAUGAGUAUGUUAAAUGCAAGGUUUAUUAUAUCAUAUAUUUAUUUUAUGUCGAUCUUACUCAUAUAGCAUAGUGGUAAAGGUGGGCUUGAUUAACAUACGUUGGUGCGGGAUGUCUCGUACAGAGCAUUUUUCAGGAUGGGACCAGGGGCCAGGUUAAGUGUUCAUGGAAGCGGUGGGUUUUUAGUCAUUUAGUCGUUUUUUUGAAGAUGGUGACGGAUUCUGCUGUCCGGAUUGAAGUCGGAAGUUCAUUUCAUCACUGACGGACAGUCGUUUUGACGGUUCUGGAAAGGGACCUCCUUUUAGGCACUACCAGCCGUCGGUCGUUAACUGAUCGCAGAUUGCGUGAAGGAACAUAAACCUCAAGGAGAGUGUCGAUGUAGGGGGUACUGUUCCAGACAAGGUAUUGUACGUGAGCAUAAAGUCCUUGAAUUUGAUGAGGGCGACUACAGGAAGCCAGUGGAGGGAGAUGACAAGGUGUGUGACGUGGGUACUUUUUGGCUGGUUGAAAACAAAGUCACAACAGUCCAGAAAUACAAUACCCAUAAAUGAAUUUAUUCAGAAAUCUAACAACCACAAACAGCUCAGAAGUGCAGUUUAGUAACAAACGCAAGACUUCGCGAUGCGUGACAGAAUCUCUAGGUAUUUUAUAUUAUCCAUAAAUGAGGAAGUGAUUGAUCUCAGGUGUGCUAGGUGAACUGCAGCUGUAUUGGAAUUCAGGCAGUAGGGACCUCUAGUGGUGCGGAGUGGUAUUGUCAGGUGACCCCAUGACUAGCCGUUUCCGUAUGUUCAUUUUGCUGCAAAUUGUGAGAAAAUUAGUAACAAUGCAGAUUAUCGUUUUCAUCCCAGAGACUCAGAUCUCUGUCGUUGGUGUAGCUGCACGUCCUGACACUGACCACAUCAUCCACAAGGAGAACGAAUUUUCAAUUGAAUUGAAAAGCCUCUCAUUAUAAUAAUAACAAAUAAAUGAAAGAUAUGAAGAGUUAAACUCUCAGGCUUGUAUUCCUCACGCUUGUAUUUCCACCUACACACUUUUCCAUUAGUAUUUACUGAAUAAUGUGCUGAAUAAGGGUUAAUAAAUACACUGAAUAAUGAUUCAUUUAUGAAGGUGAAUAGAGAAUUCGGUCAUUAAACAAGCAUCAUAAAGUACAAGAAAAUACCGAAAUAUUGAUUUGUAUACUUUGUACAGUAUAUUUUAUAUCAUAUUAUUUGCAUAUCUAUUAUUAAUUUGUGAAUAUUCUUUUUAAUUCAUUAAUUUAUUGAAUCAUUUCUUUCUUUUUCAUUUUGGUUCUGAUCUGGUUAUUUACAUACUACGUAUGUUGAAGCGAAGCAGGGGGGGGGGGGGGGAACUGUUUCCAUGAGUUCACAUCGAUAUUCACUUGAUAAUUAUCCGGCUCUUUUAAAUUCUUUGCUGAUUAAAGUGAAAUAAGCAGGGCUUUGACUAGCCUUCGCUCUAAUCCUAUUCCUGAAUCUUCCUGUAUCCUCCUGAACACAGUGCUACUUAGUGUUCAAACACUAGCGUUACAGAGCAAAGCCUUUCUUCUCCAUGAGCACGGUCCAGGCGUGUGCAAACAGUCCAGCUGUGUGCACUGCACAUCUGGAGGCUCCACUUUUGGCUUUGUACAGAGCCGGAGCGCUGUAGGAUGAAAGAAUAAUAAUCCUCACCUGCACACACUCAUACACUCGCAUUUGAUUCCAGUCCUGCUUGCUCUUUGUUCUCAUACUGAUGCAGUCUGAGAGCUCAUCCUACAAUUUAUAUGCUCUUUACACACUAAGGAGGUGUUUGUAGGAUUUGAAGACCAUUGGGGAUUCUGGAGGUAUCCUGACCCAGUUGAGUAACUACACAAACUGUACUGUAGUACAAUAUUUGAAAUCAGACUUCGGUUAUGUUUUAUUUUUCUUGACAGUUGUACUGUCAAUUAUUAUUAUUAUUUUUUUUUUUUUCUGUUUCUAUAUCCAUCCUCUUUGGUCUAGUUGCUUAGCGUAUUGAUUUUUGCACUCGGUGUUUCAUACCUUAAGGGGGAACAUUUCAUUUAGCACACUGGGGUUAUUUUGGAGCUGUAGAGAACCAUUGGUUAACAUUAAUAGUAUAGCUAGCAAUGCUGUGUAUAUUAAACCGAAUUAGUAAAAAAAAUAAAAAUAAAUGUGCAUCAAAUAUCAAUAUACAGUACACCUCUAAAGUUGACCUGAGUUAUAGUUGGAGUUAUAGACCUGAGUUAUCUUAAUCAAAUCAGUUGCUGUAAGCAGUAUUGAAUAGCUAAUUAGAUAGGUUUAAGCAUCAGCCAAGAGACUCGAUCAGAUAUUUGUGUUGUUAGUCUUAAAUUAGAAAUGACUGAAUGUCAAGUAUUCUUAUUGCUACCGUUCCUUCUGUUUUUGCAAAUUGUUUGCUUUAUUUGUUUAUUAUUUACUUGGCUGAUAUAUGCCACAUUAUGCAUUCAUGUAAACCGUUACACCAUGGGUUAGAGGUGUGCAUGGAACUUUUUUGUUUGUUUGUUUGGUUGGUUUUUGUUGUUGUUGUUUUUUAUUUCACUCCCACCCACUCCCAAAGUAAUUCUGACAAUCCUGCCCACUUCCUCAGAAUGUCUGACCAAUCCCGACCCACUUUCUCAGAAACGUUCGCCAAUCCCAACCCGCCUCAGAGGAGUUCUGACCAAUCUGACCCACUUUCUCAGAAACGUUUACCAAUCCCACCCCACUCCUAAAGGAAUUCUGACCAAUCCGACCCACUUUCUCAGAAGCGUUUACCAAUCCCAACCCGCCUCAAAGGAGUUCUGACCAAUCCGACCCACUUUCUCAGAAACGUUUACCAAUCCCACCCCACUCCUAAAGGAAUUCUGACCAAUCCGACCCACUUUCUCAGAAGCGUUUACCAAUCCCAACCCGCCUCAAAGGAGUUCUGACCAAUCCGACCCUCUUCCUCAGAAACAUUGACCAAUCCCAACCUGCACCUAAAGGAAUUCUAACCACUCCUGACCCACUUCCUCAGAAUGUCUGACCAAUCCUGCCCUGUUGCCACAGAAAUUCUGAAAUUCCAAUCCUACCGCUUCUGCAGAAUGUCUGAUCAAUCCUUCCAUUUUCCUCAGGAAGUUUGACCAAUCCAUUUUCCACAGAAUGUUUGACCAAACCCAACCCACUCCCAAAAGGAAUUCUGACCAAUCCUACCCACUUCCUCAGAACAUCUGACCAAUCCUAACCCACAUUCAGAGGAAUUCUGACCAAUCCCACUUCUGCAGAACGUCUGACCAAUCCUGCCCGGCCCCACAGUUAUCAUUUUGUUUGCUCUUCCCAAAACAUUUUCUAAAAGAUUUAGUUGGUUCUUUUUUCCAAAAAAUAUAAAUGACUCAUACGAACUAUCUUCCUUGAUAACUCGGGAUAAAAUCACUGAAAACGAAUGAAGGAAUGAGCUAAAUACGACACUCAUUGCAGCACCCAGUACACUGCCAUGUUCAUCAACAUGGCCUUCCUUUGUUCCGUACGUUUCAUAUCUGACUGCCCGAUGCACUUCCCUCUCUACCGUACAUGAAAAGCCAGUAUGGCAAAACCCACAUGAUAGUGACUGACAUGAAUCCUAUAACAUUAUGACUACGUCUGAAAAAAUAUAUAAUUCAGCACUUUAGAUAAUUAUCAAACCUUGUGUGACUUGUUUAAAAUGUAGUAAAGCUUUUCGAUGUUUAUGCAUUAGUGCCUUCUUUUAGCCAUCAUUGUUAUUCUUGAGUAAUUACAUAAUUGGCUGAGUUUACAGCAAUCCGAUGUUGGUGACAGCAGAUCUAAAGUAUUAAAUAUAUAUUGGUUUCAUAUCACUGUUGGUUUUAAACCUGUACCUGAACACAUACUUCCUUUGCAUUUAUACCCUACUUAUUCAUUACGGCAGAUCAACAAUCAAAAGUGAACUGUCAUUAUUUUCUACCCUACUGUAUAACCCCCAGCCCUCCAAUCCUCCCCACCCCCCCCCCCCCCAAAACCCACCCCCGCCUUCACUUGCCUACCCGUCAUGUUGCCUGCCUCUUGUACAGUUUAAAAUGAAAAAAAAGCAUUGUACACAGCCAUGCUAUUUAUACAGAAAGUGUGUUUAAUUUUACAAUAAAGAUAAACUGCAGAAUAAACGGCUGCACUGGA